UGUGCGUCGCUUGCGUGCGGACGUGCCCCUUUGGAAGUGAGGGAGAAACCCCUUGCUCUGAGCUGCCAACGCCCGGCGCAGAGACACAAACAGCGGCGAGUUACGGUAUUGAAUGAGAGUGGUUGAUUCUAACUGGGAGUGACUAUGCAGACGAUUAAAUGUGUCGUGGUGGGUGAUGGUGCUGUUGGUAAAACAUGUCUCUUGAUUUCUUACACAACCAACAAAUUCCCUUCUGAAUAUGUACCCACGGUCUUUGAUAAUUAUGCUGUGACAGUUAUGAUUGGUGGUGAACCAUACACCUUAGGGUUAUUUGAUACCGCAGGUCAGGAAGAUUAUGAUAGGUUACGACCUCUCAGCUACCCACAGACGGACGUUUUCCUAGUGUGCUUUUCUGUUGUUUCCCCAUCUUCAUUUGAAAAUGUUAAGGAAAAGUGGGUACCAGAAAUAACUCACCACUGUCCAAAGACUCCAUUCCUGCUGGUUGGGACUCAAAUUGACUUGAGAGAUGAUCCUUCAACAAUUGAGAAACUUGCCAAGAACAAACAAAAACCUAUUACUCCUGAAACUGCAGAAAAGCUGGCCAGGGACCUGAAAGCGGUUAAAUAUGUGGAGUGCUCUGCUCUCACACAGAAAGGACUAAAGAACGUGUUUGAUGAAGCAAUAUUGGCAGCCCUGGAGCCUCCUGAACCCAAGAAGAAACCCAGGUGCGCUCUGCUAUGAACCCUGGCCCUCUGUUUUCUCCACAAUAAAAUGCUGAACCACAGCUUUUACUAAAUGAAGAGUGAAAGCAUACGACCUGCAAUAAAGAUAAAAAGAAAUUGCCCGGUAUGCCCAUACUGUACAAGAAGGCACCAAAAGUGUGCUGAGAGUUAGCAUCCCCCCCAAUGUAACAUUGCAUUUUUUAAUUAAUGGUUUAUGUAUCAAACACUGAUCUGUACUUUUUUUUUUUCUAAUUUUUUUUCUUCCUCAAGAGCCGCCUGCCGUGAUUUUAAUAUUUUGUAACAGUUGAUUGGGAUGGGGGGCUAAAUGUUAAUGUGCUAAUGAAUCCCGUGUGCCACAUUGGAAUGUCAAAUAGGAAUUGCAAAUGGUGCACAUUGAUUACAAGUGUGGAAAGGGGUUUGUAGAUUGAUAAGACAGACAGAAGCCCAGUACUGUUUUAUAAAAAUAAAAAAAGCUGGCUUUAAGACUUCAGUAGCCAUUUUUAAAUCCACUUCUGGAGAAAUGGCAUGCUAUGUUAACUUUCUUUUGAGCUUCUUGAUUGGAUUGCACAGGGAGAUUUCCUUAAAUGGAGUUUGAAAAUAAAACUGUUCUGUAUAGCCUUGCUGGCCUAAAUGGCUUUCCAAGUAAAAUCAAGUCACCAGCAGAAUAUCAAUUGUUUUCCUUGUCUUUUUUCCAUCAGCAAAAGAAAAAAUAAUGUGUGCAGCACUGAGGUAGUUUAUUUAAACUCUUCAUGUUAAAGCUUGUGAAAAAAGUGUGUCAUGAGCAUGGCACAUGCUUCCCAGUAUUGAAAGAACAAGCUGCUGUUCCAUUGUGG